CUCGCUCUCGAACGCAGUCGUUUAAUUUGUAAAAGGAUGAGCAUCACUAUCUGUACAUUGUGGCUGUGUCUGACCCUAUUGGUCUCAUCCACUGGUGCAGCUACUGGCUCUCAGCAAGUCAACUAUGUGACUCCUACGUCGCCUGCUGGUAUCCCUUGUCCCGGACAGCCCUGCCUGACUCUGGACCAAUAUAUUACCAGCUCCAGUACCUACAUCAUCUCCAACACAGUCUUCAAACUUCUCCCUGGAAUACACGUCAUCGCAAGGUCUUUUGUUGCACGAAGCACUGAGUGCAUCACCAUUGAGGGCGACACUAGUGGAAAGUCAAACUCUCGAGUACAAAUCAGUGGAUAUUCUCUGCAGUUUAUCAACACUGUUGAUGUUUACAUUAUUGGAAUAAAACUGAUUGAUGUAGGCAUAUCCCUCGAAGGCACAGAAAAUGUCACCCUUUCUCAGGUGGUUGUUGAUGGCUCCAGAACUGCAGUUAGUUUGCUUAACACCAUAGAUACCAACAUAUCUUGCUGCAUCUUGAAGAAUACCGGAUGGACAGCGUUGACUUUGCAAAACACACAUAAUACCAGCAUAUGUAACACCACUGUGAAUAACACCGGAUGGAACGGAUUGGAUUUCUUCAACACAUCAAAACACUGAAAUAUUGUAUACCUUCAUCAAUAGCACCAGGUGGAAUGGAAUUGAACUACGACAGACAAAUUCUACAUCUAUAUCAUGUUCUACUGUGAAAAACACAGGUUGGAAUGGAAUCAAGAUUUUCAAUUCUUCCACAACAAAAGUUACUGAUAUGCUUGUGAAUGAAACACGUUGGAACGGAAUUGAAAUACGACAGGCGAACUUUACGGUGAUAUCAUGUUCGACUGUAAACAGCACAGGAUGGAAUGGAAUUGAGAUUUUCAAUUCUUCCCAAACCACAGUUAAUUGCUCACUAGUGAACGAGACCGGUUGGAGUGGUAUAGAGAUCCACAACAGUACCCAGGCUAGAGUGAUUGGUACAAACAUCACAAAUGCAGGCCGGAGCAGGCUGGAUUGCAGGUAUACAGACACGCCCUGUACUGUUGAAACGCCACCCAACUUAAACUGCAGCUGUAAGAACAAGGACAUGUGUAGCUCAGCACCACUGAACUUGUUAACCCCAGAAUGCGGCAAUGAAGCAAUUAUUGAUAGCAUAGUGACUGGCUCGGUCAACUAUAAUAUGACUCCAACCUCGUCAGUGUAUGAGAGAUCCCAAAGCUCAACAUAUCCUACACCUAUGAUGUCUGUGAUUCAAGUAACUCCGGUCCCUUCUGUGGGAAAAUCUUCCUCAAUGAAUUAUUCAUCACAUCGAAAUGUCCUCUUUGGAGUUUCAGGGUCAGUAGCAACAGUAAUGUUUACUUUCGUCAUUGUGGCAAUUGUUGCUUGGAUCUAUCGUAAAAAUAGAAACAAAGAUGUUUCAGAUGAGCACAACAAAAAGUGUCAUGUGUAUGAAGAAGUGUCUACUGCUAAUCCGGCUCUACACCACGAUCCAGCAUAUGAAAACCCAAUGAGGAUGAGGCUUGAAGAAAACCCAGCCUAUGUCUCGACUCACUAGCUACUACAGCAGGUGUGUGUAGCUAGCUGUGCAUAUGAUUCUAUGUACAUUUUCAAACAGGUCCUGAAUCUGCUGGCAUAUAUUCAUUGCGCAAAUUACACUGGUGUGUGUCACUAUUAGAACCAUUAGACCGUAUGAACAUAAUCAUUUACAUACUUUUACAUAGCAGUGUGCCUAAGCACCGUGUCUUUAUUAAUAAUUCAUAAACCACCAUUUCCUCCUCGUGUCACAUAGCUACCAAUCAUUAACACUACAGCUAGCCUCCACUUCACAAAUGCACCUUGACUUUACUCACAGCCUUCACCCUAGC